GCGCUUUUUUUUGGGCUUCUACUCGCCCAUCAUAAAUCGAAACCCUAAUCCUCCGCAUCCUUCUUUUAGGAGUUACCAUUUGAAAGACAAGCAAUAGACGGCGGCAGUCUUCUCAUUUUCCGCUGAUUUUUACCAAUCGGGAAUAGAUUUUGAUGCUGAGCGUGUCGGGAUUGCUCUACAACUGGAGAUCUCGCACGGGUCGGAGCCUUCCCGAUCCAAACCCAUCGCUUGAUCCCCGCUCCGCUGCUCCUGCCGCUUCUGCCGCAGGUGGAGAUGCCUAUCCCCGGCACUCUCGACGGCACAACCGUCACCGCCGCCGCUUCUGAGAUGGUCCUCAGCUCGAACCCAGACAUACUCCUCCAGCCUAUCACUCCACGUUAACGAUUCCCGAUUCCCAAUUCUUAUUAGAGAUCUUACCGCAUAUAAUGCCUUGCUGGAAUCGUAAAUCUGUAAACUUGAUGUCAUGUGAUUUUUGCACUGGCAUACGUAGAUUCAGAGGUAAAUAUCUCAUCUGGGAUCUUACAAUCUCUCCUCCAAGGCCCCUUAUUUUUCAAAGCUCCUCUUUUGUCGUCUCUAUUAAACGAUGCAACUUAUUGCUGAAGAAUGGCGAUUUAUAUGAGAUUCUGCGAUCGAAAUCUUAUCUCACUUAUUUGAGCCUCCUUGGCUGUUCAUUAAAUGUGAAAACUUCAAUAUUUUCUUCUUCAGUUCCAUUCCCUUUUGGUUGGGCAGAACUAAUAUCGCUUAACUGUAUUAGAAUAUUCAAUAAAUUGGUUAACUGGACAUGGCACAAGUAUGGAAUGUUUAAGCUCAAACAACCGAACUAAUUUUCUCUACUAGAUUACCAAAAUAAUCCAAAUGCAAUCUUAUUGGUAGAUAUUCACUUUUAAACUCAAGAUAUCAUAUUAGAUUUGAAUCUUUUUUUUUUUUAAUCCAUGAUAUAUACCAAUCAUAUGAGUUGGUAAAAAUAUCUUCUAGUUGUUCAGUCAAACGAAUUUGGUGAAGUUUAUGAGUUCCUUACUAGAGCUAUCAAGUUUCAUCACUUUGUUUCCUUUGGGGGUUUCUAUUUGAGAAUGGUCUGUGGAUGAUUUUGCAAUACAUCUCUUCCCACAAGGGUCAUAAUUCAUUUGUUUCAAAGAAUUUUUGGAAAUCUAAAUUGUGAUCAAUCUGCAACUAAUCUUUCCAACCUUGUCAAGGAAUUUGAACCAGAUUGGCUAGGUAACCAAAGUGACGGCGACUCUAUGAUUGGCAGCAGUAUCUACGGCGCAUCUUUAGCAAGCACACUAGAUAGGCUAAGUUUGACCAGGAACGACCAACUUCCUGAUGUUGUUCUGCAGGCAAGAGCAAGGCUUCAAGAGAGACUUAGAGGCAUCUCUCCGUCUGGAAAUAGUCAAACCGGCUUGACAUUAGACAUCACAAGGAAUGAGGUUGCUAUGAAUGAUGAAAUGAGGCUCGUCAAUCAUGGAGAACCAGAUGCAGAGAGUCUGGUUGAAUGGUUUGAAUCAGGUUCAUUAGCACCAAGCUCAAGAGCAGAAACUGAUGGCUAUGUGCAAUAUGCUAAUAGGCCUCCUGGACUCAGCUCAGAGGCUUUCAGUAAUCUACAGAUGGAAGUUUAUGUUGAGAGAGCUUUUCUCGAUUGCUCCAUCUGUCUGGAGAGAUUUGUGGAGGGCGAAGAAUUGAUUCAGCUGUCUUGCAGGCACAGGUUCCAUCCUGAUUGCUUGGAGCCAUGGGCGAAGAUAUGUGGGGAGUGCCCGUAUUGCAGGACGACCAUAUAAAGGCUGUUGCGGAGGUUAUUUGGAGCUAUGUCAUACACGAAUCCUUUCUCCAGUCGAGGUAAUCGAUUCUUUGCCUUAUCCUGAAGUGGGCAAAAGGAAUUUAUCCUGUUUCGCAGUGAUAAUAUGGCGGUAAAUUUGUACUCACUCCGCUCUCCUUUUGUAGAUUUGGAUAUAUUAUUUUAGCGUUAGUCUCUA